AUGGAGUCGAUGCCCGGACAGCUUCGAGACGCGGGACGAGACGCCAGCUCUUCCCCGAGUUCAAAGCAAGACGCACAGAGCUUCUCCAGCCCCAGCUCCCUCAAACCGAACCAAGUGAGUGAGACCUCCCUGUACGGGGUUCCCAUCGUGUCCCUGGUCAUAGACGGCAAGGAGAGACUCUGCCUGGCGCAGAUUUCCAACACGCUGCUGAAGAACUACAGCUACAACGAAAUACACAACCGCCGGGUCGCUUUGGGCAUCACCUGCGUCCAGUGCACCCCCGUCCAGCUGGAGCUCCUGCGGCGCGCCGGGGCCAUGCCCAUCUCCUCCAGGCGCUGCGGCAUGAUCACCAAACGGGAGGCCGAGAGGCUCUGCAAGUCGUUCCUGGGAGCGCACAGCCCCCCAAAGCUGCCAGAAAAUUUCGCCUUUGACGUGUCUCAUGACUGCGCCUGGGGCUGCAGAGGAAGCUUUAUACCCGCCAGAUACAACAGCUCCCGAGCAAAGUGCAUCAAAUGCAGCUUUUGCAACAUGUAUUUCUCCCCAAACAAAUUCAUUUUCCACUCUCAUCGCACCCCAGAGUCCAAGUAUCUGCAGCCGGACGCGGCCAACUUCAACUCGUGGAGACGCCACUUGAAACUGACGGAGAAAAAGCCAUCUGAGGAUAUUAACCACGCGUGGGAGGAUGUAAAGGCCAUGUUCAACGGGGGGAGCAGAAAAAGGACUCUGCCCAUGAGCGGGUCGGGAAUGUCCUCGCAGAUGAAAUCACAGGCCUCGUCCAGCCUGGCUCCCACCAGCUCCCCUGAGAUCCCCCACAAAACUUUACGGUGCGACGAGGAGCAGGGGAGUAAUAACCUGAGUUUGGCGAGCGGCGCACGGAGCUACCCGGUCAUCCCGGUGCCCAGCAAGAGCUUUGGCAUGCUCCAGAAAAUCCCCCCACCUCUGUUCCCUCACCACCCCUACGGCUUCCCCAGUUAUGGGCUGUGUCAGAAAAAGAGCGACGGGGUGCCUGACGCGAGCAAAACCAACGUCUCCGGUGUGUUUUGGCCGGGCGCUAAGGACACCCUCUACCCUGCUUUCCCCAUGUUCUGGCCUACAGCCGGCGGCCUCCCCAUGCCGCCCUACCCGGGCUCUCCACCAAAACCUCCUCCAGAGCUGCCAGGCGUGCGGCAGGGCGAGCUCGACUUAUCGGACCAAAGCGACCGAGGCGCAAACACACCCAAAGAGACGAACCACCACCCGCACCACCAGCAGGACGGGGGAGAGCGCUGCCCCAGCUCCCAGUCCUCCUCCACCAGGAACGACGAGGACAAAUCCGGAGACGAGACCUCUCAGAGGAAAAUCAGCUACAUUUCGGCCUUCAGACCUGUCGUGAAAGACGCAGAAACCAUCGCCAAACUCUACGGCAACCGGGACAGCUACGGUGUGCGCCCCGGCUACCUGUCCCCGGAUUUUAUCAGCGAGAGCUCCAGCUACAGAUCGAUAUCCCCGGACCGGGACAGCGUGGUGGACGACGACGACGACGACCCGGACGUGGAUGUGGAGUCCAACCGGGGACAAGACGAAGAGGAGCCGAUCCGGAUCUCUCCGGGAGGAGAGCGUCAGGACUCCCCCGUGCAGGACCGGGUCUCCUCUGCUGCUGAGGAGAGCCAGGAGCAGCCGGACGCCUCCAGCCCCGGGGCGGCCGCAGCAUCACCGGAGGACUCUGCUCACACCGGGUCAUCAGAUGAGGACAGACAGAUGCGUAACGGCUCACCUCUUCACGAGGUGUACACUCAUGAAAAGGACGCUCACGUGCUGCUGAACGAGCCUCCGUCGUUUGGGUCCAAACAGUCGAGCAGAUCCAACGGCGUCCAUCACGUGUCUGAAAUCCAGAACCAGCGCAGCGCAGCGUCCUACCAGGAGCAGAAGGACAGACAAGCCGAUGGAGCUUUACGCAUCGACAUCAGCGUGCAUGAAAGAGAUCUGGAGAACAUGGCGAAAGAGGAGUUGCAGAAGCAGCUCGUGGAGCAGGUGGAGCUGAGGAAGAAGUUGGAGAGAGAGUUUCAGCAUUUAAAAGAUAAUUUUCAGGAUCAAAUGAAGCGUGAGCUGUCCUACAGAGAGGAGAUGGUCCAGCAGCUGCAGAUUGUUCGAGAAGCUCACGACGCUCUUCACCAUUUCUCCUGCAAGAUGCUCACCCCUCGUCAGUGCACCGGAGCCUGCACCUUCAAACCCCCGCUGCUGCCUCCGUAG